GUUCCUACUCCAGCUAGUAGGAGUGAUGUUAGAUGACAUCUCUACCAGACAGGUGAAGGUUGACAUGACAGAACAGCAGCACACGUUCUACUGUCAACAGCUGGGGACUCUGUUAAUGUGUCUCAUACACAUCUUCAAGAGUGGCAUGUUCCGUAGGAUCACGGCAGCAGCCACCCGUCUCCUGAAGGGUGAGGCUGGUCUGGGUGGAGGUCCAGGGGUCAGUGGUGUCUUCUACCGCCUAGAGGGUCUUAAUGCCAUGGUGGGCUGCCUGGUGACCACACACCCCUCGCUGGUUCUACUCUGGUGCCAGGUCCUCCUCAUCAUCAACUACACCAACUACAGCUGGUGGACAGAGGUACACCAGACACCCAGGAGACAGAGCCUGUCCUGUACCAAGCUGCUGAGCCCCCAUUCCUCAGGAGGGGUGGAGGAGGAGAGACCCGAGGCCAGGCUGGCCAUGUGUAACAGAGAGAUCGUACGCAGGGGAGGACUCAUUCUCUUCUGUGACUACGUGUGUCAGAACCUGCACGACUCGGAGCACCUGACCUGGCUGAUCGUCAACCACGUCCGUGACCUCAUCAACCUUUCCCAUGAGCCUCCGGUGCAGGACUUCAUCAGUGCCGUGCACCGCAACUCUGCCGCCUCCGGACUGUUUAUACAGGCUAUACAGUCACGCUGUGACAACCUGGCUACACCCACCAUGUUGAAGAAGACUCUCCAGUGUCUAGAAGGGAUUCACCUGUCCCAGUCUGGUUCUCUGUUGAUGCUCUACGUGGACAAACUCCUGAACACUCAUUUCAGAGUCCUGGCUCGUAUGGUCGAUACUCUGGCCUGCAGGAGGGUGGAAAUGCUGCUGGCUGAAACACUACAGAACAGUGUAGCCCAGCUGCCGGUGGAGGAACUGGACAGAAUCCAGGAAUACCUUCAGAUCAGUGGACUAGCUCAACGGCACCAGAGGUUCUACUCCCUGCUGGACAGGUUCCGAGCCACCGUUGCUGAGGACACCAGCAGCCCCUCCCCUCCUGUGACAUCACACCCCCUGGAUGGGGAUCCGCCACCUGCCCCUGAACUAGUCAAGGCUGACAAGGAGUGGUAUGUUGCCUUGGUGAUGUCCCAGUGUUGUCUCCGUGGUGACGGGUCAUUCCUGGAGACAACGGAACUCCUGACCAAACUACCUCCUGACGACCUCUCUACCAUCAUGACCUGCAAGGACUUCAACCUGUCUCUCCUCUGUCCGUGUCUGAGUCUGGGGGUUCAGAGGUUAACCCGGGGUCAGGGGUCGUUGCUAUUGGAGACGGCCCUGGCCGUGACCCUGGAUCAUCUGAGCGAGGUCACACAGCUACUUCCUGUUCCACACCAUUCCUUCCUGCCGCCGGCCAAACCUGACCCGGCCGAGCCCUACUGGGACAAACUGGCUAUCGUGUAUGGUGAGCCUGGACUCUACCCGCGGGUGAUGUCUCUGUGUAGAGCUGUGUCUCAGUAUCUGCUGUGUGUGGGUCAACUUCCUUCCCCUCUACAAAUCCCUGAAGACAAACAACAUCUCAUCACCACCUUCACCACCAUGGCUACCGAGUUGGUGGUCUGGCGUGUUCUCCAGGACAGUGUUCCUCUGAGUGUUGACCUGCAGGGGGCACUGUCCUGUCUGUGUCUGGCCCUGCAACAGCCCUGUGUCUGGAACACUCUGUCUACAGCCCAGUACAAAACACACACCUGCUCUGUCAUACACUGUCUACGACUCCUCAUCACUGCAGUGGCGGUGGGUCCAGGUGACCAUCUCUUACAUCCAGAGAGGAAGAGAACCACCGGGUCAGACAGUGAUUCAGACCAGGUCCACUCUCCAAACACUGACAACGUGUGUGAGCGACGGUCGUGUGAGAUCAUGGCUGAGCUGGUGGAGGGUCUCCAGAGCGUUCUGUCUCUGGGUCACCAUAGAAACAGCGGAAUCCCAGCCUUCCUCACGCCGAUGCUCCGAAACAUCAUCAUCAGUCUGUCCAGACUACCACUGGUCAACAGCUACACUAGAGUCCCCACCCUGGUGUGGAAGCUGGGCUGGUCCCCUCGGCCGGGGGGAGAGUUUGGCACCACCCUGCCUGAGAUCCCCGUUGAGUUCCUUCAGGAGAAAGACGUGUUCAGGGAGUUCCUUUAUCGCAUCAACACACUGGGCUGGAGCAGUAGGACCCAGUUUGAAGAGACCUGGGCCACACUGCUGGGAGUUCUGGUCACUCAACCCAUCUCUAUGGACCAGGAGGAGGAGAGAGAACAGGAGGAGGACUUGGAGCGGACCCAGUUGAAUGUGUUAGCAGUGCAGGCCAUCACCUCUCUGUCUCUGUGUGUUGAACAGGAGGACUUGGAGCGGACCCAGUUGAAUGUGUUAGCAGUGAAGGCCAUCACCUCUCUGUCUCUGUGUGUUGAACAGGAGGACUUGGAGCGGACCCAGUUGAAUGUGUUAGCAGUGAAGGCCAUCACCUCUCUGUCUCUGUGUGUUGAACAGGAGGACUUGGAGCGGACCCAGUUGAAUGUGUUAGCAGUGCAGGCCAUCACCUCUCUGUCUCUGUGUGUUGAACAGGAGGACUUGGAGCGGACCCAGUUGAAUGUGUUAGCAGUGCAGGCCAUCACCUCUCUGUCUCUGUGUGUUGAACAGGAGGACUUGGAGCGGACCCAGUUGAAUGUGUUAGCAGUGAAGGCCAUCACCUCUCUGUCUCUGUGUGUUGAACAGGAGGACUUGGAGCGGACCCAGUUGAAUGUGUUAGCAGUGCAGGCCAUCACCUCUCUGGUUCUGAGUGCCAUGACUCUCCCUACUGCUGGGAACCCUGCUGUCUCCUGUCUGGAGCAACAGCCUAGAAACAAGACCCUUAAAGUCCUGGACACACGGUUUGGCAGGAAGUUGUCAGUGAUCAGAGGAGCGGUGGAGAGAGAGAUCCAGGCCAUGGUGUCUAAGAGAGACAACGUACACACACACCACCCCUACCAUACCUGGGACCCUGUCCCCUCCCUGUCUGCUGUCUCACCAGCAGGUACACUGAUCAGCCAUGAGAAACUCCUGCUCCAGAUCAACACAGAGAGAGAGAUGGGAAACAUGGACUACAAACUGGGACAGGUGUCCAUCCAUUCUGUGUGGCUGGGCAACAACAUUACCCCUCUGAGAGAGGAAGAGUGGGGUGAGGAUGAGGAAGAUGAUACUGAUACUCCGGCCCCCGCCUCUCUUCCUACCUCUCCUAUCAACUCCAGGAAGCAUCGUGCAGGUGUAGACAUCCACUCCUGUUCUCAGUUCCUAUUGGAGCUCUACAGCCAGUGGCUCCUCCCCGGUUCCCCUAGCAACAGACGCACCCCUGUUGUGCUCAUCAGCGAGGUCGUCCGAUCGUUGUUGGCGGUCUCCGACCUGUUCACGGAGCGUAACCAGUUCGACACGAUGUUCACCACUCUGAUGGAGCUGCAGAAGAGCCAUCCUGCUGAAGAUGAGAUCGUGAACCAGUACCUGGUGCCUGCUCUCUGCAAGGCUGCAGCUGUACUCGGCAUGGACAAGGCUACGUCUGAGCCUGUGUGUCGGGUGUUGGAGCUGACCCUACGCAGCACCCACCUCCCCAGCCGUAUGGGAGCGCUGCAUGGCCUUCUGUACGUACUGGAGUGUGACCUGCUGGACGACACGGUGAAACAGCUGAUACCUGCUGUCUCUGAGUACAUACUGAGUAACCUACGGGCCAUAGCACACUGUGUGAACCUGCACAACCAGCAGCAUGUCUUGGUGAUGUGCGCUGUGGCCUUUUACAUGAUGGAGAACUACCCUCUGGAUGUAGGAGCUGAGUUUACAGCUGGAGUUAUACAGAUGUGUGGUGUGAUGGUAUCAGCCAGUGAAGACUCUACCCCCUCAGUGAUCUACCACUGUGUGUUGCGUGGGUUGGAGCGCCUCCUGCUGUCGGAGCAGCUGUCUCGUAUGGACGGAGAGGCACUUGUUAAACUGAGUGUCGACAGGGUUAACAUGCCCAGCCCUCACAGAGCCAUGUCUGCACUGGGACUCAUGCUCACCUGCAUGUACACAGCGGUGCGUACCUCAGCGUCGACAGCAGAGUCAGCGUUGGGGUCAGAGGUGAUGGGGUCAGAGGUUAGAGGUCAGGGGUCAGAGGUUACCUCGGGUCCUGUUGCUUUCUCCUCAGGCAAGGAGAAGGCCAGCCCUGGUCGCCCGGCCGGCGCUGUCGACCCUCAGGCCCCCGACAGCGAGUCUGUCAUCGUUGCCAUGGAGAGGGUCUCUGUGCUCUUCGACAGGAUCCGUAAGGGUUUCCCCAGCGAGGCACGGGUGGUGGCCAGGAUUCUUCCUCAGUUCCUGGACGACUUCUUCCCUCCGCAGGACGUCAUGAACAAGGUCAUCGGAGAGUUCCUGUCCAAUCAGCAGCCUUACCCACAGUUCAUGGCUACCGUCGUCUACAAGGUGUUCCAGACCCUCCAUGCUACAGGCCAGUCCAGUAUGGUGACAGACUGGGUGUUACUGUCUCUAUCUAACCCUCCCUCUCUCUCUAACUCUGUCUCUCAGGUGUUCCAGACCCUCCAUGCUACAGGCCAGUCCAGUAUGGUGACAGACUGGGUGUUAUUGUCUCUAUCUAACUUCACCCAGAGAACCCCAGUUGCCAUGGCCAUGUGGAGUCUGUCUUGCUUCUUCAUCUCUGCCUCCACCUCCCAGUGGGUCUCUGCUCUCCUGCCCCAUGUCAUCAGCCGUAUGGGUAAGAGUGACGUGGUGGACAUCAGCCUGUUCUGUCUGGUAGCCCUGGACUUCUACAGACACCAGCUAGAUGAAGAGUUGGACCGCAGAGCCUUCCAGUCGGUCUUCCAGACCGUAGCCUCACCUGGCAACACCUAUCAACAACUACUGGACUGUCUGCAGAGUAUCCACCAAGACACAUCACUCUGAGAGAGAGAGAUGUAGCUCCUAUCACCAGACAUCACCGAGAGAGAGAGAGGGGGGGGG